CGGUGAGAAGAAGACCUAGCGCGCAGUACGAGAAGAAGAUCGACUUCCCUACCCGGUGACUUCCCGCUGCUCCUCGGCCAGUGACGCUCUAUCCUCACUGCCAAACGCCGUCUCCUCGUCGUUGCCUAGCCGCGGUUCCACAUCAAUUGCAGCGGGCCGGGUCAGUUGCAGCGGGCCUGGAUGCUGAACGCCGCUUCUCCUCACGGCUGAGCUUCGUUUCCACAUCCGUUGCAGCAGGACGCCGAACGCCACUUCUGCAUCUGCACCCACCGACUCUCAAUCUAGACAUUACGAUAAUUAUUAUGGACCGUAGUUGGAUUAAUUGUAGACGGACAAGUGAUGAUUUUGUGGCUCUCGAGGGGAGGAUGAGAGCUAGUAUACUACUCCCUAGUUGGGAAGUUGUUACGGAGGGAGUUAAAAACCAGAUUUGGGAGGCCAUCCAGCUCACUUUUGACGUCCCUAAUACUCAUGAACUGAGAAGAAGAUGGAUAUCAUAUGCUGGUAAUAGGUGGACGGGAUUCAAGACAUUUUUGACAUCAUCUUACAUAUUUGGCGAUCGAUAUGGGGAAAACCCCACAGAAAAGUAUCAAUGGAUAAGUGUUGAGACUUGGCAAGAGUUUGUACGAAGUAGAAAAGACCCAACUUUUCUGGAGCGCAGGAAAAAGGCACAGGAAAUCCAAGCUCAUAAUGACUGUCCUCACAUAUUGUCCCGAGGUGGAUAUGACCUGUUAGAAAAAAAACUUAUGGCUGAGAAAUUAAAAGAAUAUGAAGAAGCUUCUCAGGCUAAUCCUUCAUUGGGGCUGAAAGCUCCUUCUCCCAUACCCCGUCAUGUGAAAUGGAAGCAAGGCCGAAUCAGACGAACAGGCAAGUAUACAUCAAAGAGGUCUCUCGAGAUCGGAGAAAAAAUUUUGAGGAGGAAAAGCAAGGGACCUUUGCUCCCAUCGGUCGUGAUGAUAUCUUAACGGCGGCUACUGAACGUCCUGAGCACCCAGGUCGUGUACGUGGUGCUAGAACAGGUGUUGGUAUUCUUUCACACUUUGGACCCUUAGCACGUCAAGGUCAUAAAUCCACACUUUUGACCAUAAAUGACGUUGAUCGAAUCAAGAAGGAGAUGCAGCAGGAGGUAACACAACAGGUAACAAUACAAGUAACACAACAGGUAACUGAACAAUUGUCACGAGUAUUUGCUCAGCAGCUUCAAGAUGAACUUAAGAGAAUGGGUUUAACCCAACAACCAGAACUGCACACAGAGGCACGCCGCACUCGUUCUCCUACACAUGUCAGUACAAAAGGGAGCAAUGCUCCAGAGGAUAUCUCUGAGUCGGAUGAUGAGCUAUCCCGACUUUAUGUGGAUACCCCCUUUCACUUAG